AUGGGGUGGGGCUUCUCUGCAGAAACCUGAGUUCAUAAGACUAGAAGAUCUGUCAGCAACUAUUAGAUAUUCAUCCUGCCAGCGUACUUUUCACAAAGCUGUUCAGCUGAAAAGUUUCUUGGGAGGGCUGCGUUCCAAAAGUUACGAUAUCAUGAUGUUGAAAGAUCUUUUCCAGUCCUACGUUACAGUAGCUCUGAUGCUGGUCCCCAUGUGCAUUCUUGUGUCCUUGUUUUUCCGCUCCAGAGACAAGAGGAGGGAGCCUCCUGGACCUCAACCUCUUCCCCUGCUUGGUAACUUGCUUCAGAUGGAUCUCAAGAGACUGGACCGCUCUCUUGUUGAUCUUUCCAAGAAAUAUGGAUCAGUGUUCACAGUGUAUCUUGGACCCCAGAAAGUGGUGGUUCUGGCUGGAUACAAGACCGUGAAGCAGGCACUGGUCAACUAUGCUGUGGAGUUUGGAGAGAGAUAUGUCAGUCCAACUGGCCAUGACUUAAGUGGUUCGCUAAGGAACGGAGUCACAUUUGCCAACGGGGAAUCGUGGAAAGAAAUGAGGCGUUUUGCUCUGACCAACCUGAGAGACUUUGGGAUGGGCAAAAAAGCAGCAGAGGAUAAAAUCAUUGAGGAGAUUCCGUAUCUGAUAGAAGUGUUUCAAAGACAUGAAGGUCAACCCUUCAGUUCUGCCCAGUCAAUGAACUAUGCAGUCUCCAACGUCAUCUGUUCAAUUGUCUAUGGCAGCAGAUUUGAAUACAGUGAUGAAGAGUUUAGACUCAUGGUAGACCGAGCAAAUGAAAACUUCAGACUUGCAGGUUCUCCUUCAGUACAGUUGUUCAAAAUGUACCCACUGAUAUUUCAAUGGGUGAGCAACAGGAUGCGUCUCAAGAGGAAUGUUGCUGAGAACCGAAAACAAAUAAAAAAGCUGAUCGGAAUUUUACAAGAAACUUUGAAUGUUCACAUGUGCAGAGGAUUUGUGGACUCGUUUCUAGCACACAAACAGAAGCUGGAGUCCUACGUUACAGUAGCACUGAUGGUGGUCCUCAUGUGCAUUCUCGUGUCCUUUUUUCUCCGCUCCAAAGACCAGAGGAGGGAGCCUCCUGGACCUCAACCUCUUCCCCUGCUUGGUAACUUGCUUCAGGUGGAUCUCAAGAGACUGGACCGCUCUCUUAUUGAUCUUUCCAAGAAAUAUGGAUCGGUGUUCUCAGUGUAUCUUGGACCCCAGAAAGUGGUGAUUCUGGCUGGAUACAAGACCGUGAAGCAGGCACUGGUCAACCAUGCUAUGGAGUUUGGAGAGAGACAAAUCCCUCAAUUCGGCAAUGACACAAGUAAUUCUCUGAGAAAUGGAAUCAUUUUUGCCAAUGGGGAAUCGUGGAAAGAAAUGAGGCGUUUUGCUCUGAGCAACCUGAGAGACUUUGGGAUGGGCAGAAAAGCAGCAGAGGAUAAAAUCAUUGAGGAGAUUCAGUAUCUGAUAGAAGUGUUUGAAAGACAUGAAGGUCAACCCUUCAAUACUGGCCAGUCAAUAAACCCUGCAGUCUCCAACAUCAUCUGUUCAAUUGUCUAUGGCAGCAGAUUUGAAUACAGUGAUGAAGAGUUUAAACUCAUGGUAGACCGAGCAAAUGACAACUUCAGACUUGCAGGUUCUCCUUCAGUACAGUUGGUUGACAUGUACCCGUGGAUAUUUCAAUGGGCGAGCGACCGUAUGCGUUUUAAGAGGAAUGUUGCUGAAAACCGAAGACAUAUAAAGCAGCUGAUUGGACGUUUACAAGAAACUUUGAACGUUCAGAUGUGCAGAGGAUUUGUGGACUCGUUUCUAGCACACAAACAGAAGCUAGAGGAUUCAGGGAUUACAGACUCUUACUACCACAUAGACAACCUGGUCACAACUGCUAGCAACCUCUUUGCGGGUGGUUCUGAUACAACAUCGAGUACGCUGAGCUGGGGACUGUUGCUCAUGGCCAAAUAUCCUCAAAUUCAAGAUCAGGUCCAGGAGGAGCUGAGCAGGGUGGUGGGAAGCCGUCAGGUCCGAGUAGAGGACAGGAGGAACCUGCCCUACACUGAUGCUGUCAUCCAUGAGACACAGAGAGUGGGCAACAUCUUCCCCCUCUCCCUGCCUCGCAAAACCAGCCAAGACGUCACCUUCCAGGGCUUCUUCAUCAGAGCGGGGACCACUGUGUUUCCUCUUCUUACUUCUGUCCAUCAUGAUGAGAGUGAAUGGGAGAGCCCAAACUCUUUUAACCCUUCCCACUUCUUGGAUACGGAGGGUAAAUUCAUCAGGAGAGACGCCUUCAUGCCCUUUUCUGCAGGACGCAGGGCGUGUCCUGGAGAAAGUCUGGCCAGGAUGGAGCUCUUCCUCUUCUUCACUUCCCUCCUCCAGCGCUUCUGUUUCACUCCUCCACCUGGAGUUAAAGAGGAUGAUCUGGAUCUGACUCCAUCUGUGGGCUUCAACCUCACCCCUUCACCUCAUGAGCUGUGUGCCGUCAGUCGUGAGGGAAUUAAAAAUGAGUAGAUUAUUUAAUAAGUAAAUGGGGUAAAAAUUCUUUAUACAGCUGCACAAAUCAAGCUGUUAUAAAAUCUGUAUUCUACUUUGAUUCAUUUGGCGAAACAUCAAUGUGUUUAAAAUAAGUCACCACAGGGUAGAGCUUACUGAUUCAUAUAUAUAUUAAUAUAAAUUAUUAGUUUCUUAUCUUUAUUAAUGUAUUGACUACUGUAUUUCCAUGCACUGCAAGAACACUGAUUCUGAUUGGCUGCUGGGGUUCCAUUCAGUUCUGAUAAUGGAAAACAACUAAGUAGUUGUACUGCAACUGUCUCCAAUUCUAGCGUGAGCGAUAUUCACUAUUUAGAAAACUAUCCCGAAGCAGUACACAAAGUGAUCUAAAAAAAAAAAAACUAUUUUCACCUUUGCACUUGACAUGUAACCACUUGAUAUAGUCUUGGAGCAAUUCUGUUUUGUUUUCUAAUCUUGUUAUAUGUCUUUUGUUUUUGUAAUUAAUUCAAUUUGCUGUCAACUGUA